CGUAGCUUUUCGCUUGCGACUCCUUCUUCCUUUCCUCUGGCCGUACUCGUAACUGGCACGUUCUUGUGCAGAAUGCUUAUUCAUGCAUCGCGCUGAGCUACCAGUCUCACCAGUUUGAGGAUUCUGUUCCCUGUCCCGGUUCCGAGUGCUCAUCGUCGCCCCCAAGCAUCACCACCAUGCACAGUCAUUCUGGGACGACAGCCCUUUCAUCUCUCAAUCUUUAGUCCCUCUGUGAACGCAAGGCUUUCGGAUCCUUUGGAACAUGUCCAAUGGCAAUGUCCAAAAGGUUCAGAGCUCCAAAAGGGCACAUCCCACCUUUCAUUUCUUUGCCGGCCUGACCUCUGGCGUCUCGAGCGCGGUCCUGCUACAGCCGGCCGACCUGCUAAAGACCAGAGUCCAGCAAUCUCACUCCUCGUCCCUUCUUACCGUCCUGCGGUCGAUCCUCGCUGGUCCGCAUCCCGUGGCCAGCCUCUGGCGAGGGACCGUCCCAUCAGCGCUGCGGACAGGCUUCGGAUCGGCUCUGUAUUUCACCUCCCUUAGCUCUCUACGCCAGAUCUUUGCCAACAACACCGCGCAAGCGACCGGAAAUGGAGCCCCUAUCCCUAGAAAGAGCAGCUCGGUGCUGCCAAAACUAUCGAACAUACAAAAUCUCAUUACGGGCGCGACGGCGAGAGUCUUCGCGGGACUUAUCAUCAUGCCCGUGACGGUCAUCAAAGUGCGCUACGAAUCAGACAUGUAUUCAUACAAGUCUCUUGCCUCUGCGACGAGGUCCAUCUUUGCGCAGGAAGGCAUUAAAGGUUUCUUCUCUGGCUUCGGCGCCACGGCCAUCCGUGAUGCGCCGUACGCAGGCUUAUAUGUGCUCUUCUAUGAAGCAAGCAAGACGCAUCUGAACAAGAUCUUUUCGGUACACACCAUGACCGCCAACCAAGGACGAACACGGCCUUCUACAUCGACGUCGGCCUCGAUCAACGCCUCCAGUGGCGUUCUUGCAGCAGGGCUGGCAACAAGUAUUACGAAUCCGUUCGACGCCGUAAAAACUAGGUUGCAGCUGAUGCCGCAGAAGUACGGGAAUACGUGGAAAGCAGCGCGGUUAAUGCUCAAGGAGGACGGAGUCAAGAGUUUUUUUGAUGGGCUUGCGCUCAGAAUGGGAAGGAAGGCGAUGAGCUCGGCGCUUGCUUGGACGGUAUAUGAGGAGCUCAUUGGACGAGCAGAGCGCUUUGUCUCGAGGCAUGACGAGGAGAGGGCGGUGGUAUGAGGGCACAAGGUCGAAGCCGCACACUUUGCAUUCUCGCCGACAAACCACUCUGGAUCCGGAUCGAGUACAACGCUCUCACCUCUUGUCACCCUCAGGGCCACGUAGGUGGCCAGUGGUUAGCUCCUUUUUUUUUCUCGGCGUCGACUUACAUGACCUUUCUGCGAUCUACCAUGUCACCACCUCAACUUGCGUUGUGAUGGAGGGAAAGCUCUGCAUUUGAGGUCGUCUCAGUCACUCACCACUCACAAAAAUGUUGUAUAAUGUACCAUAUCCAAAAGCCAGACAGCCAAGACAGUGUAUAUAUGUAUAUAUCUCUAGCCCCAAGGCCGAAGAACCUAAUCAUCUCCCCCAUAGUGCGAGGGUCUU